AAGGGUGCCAGUAUUACAGUGACUCCAGUCGAGUCUUGUUACUUUCAGAAUUGGGUGAUCGUUUUGUACGGUUGUGAAGAAUUGUUUUAGCAGUGUUUUUGUUUUUUUUUGUUUUUGUUUUUCAAGUUAUAUCAUCAGAAAGUGUUAAGAUAUUUAAGUGUUUUUAUAAAUAGUGAAUCCCACUUAGGACUUGGGAAGAAUCUGCGGCAAGCUAGCUUAUAUUAGGUUUCACCGAGAGACCUUUUAGAUACUGAUUAGGUGCUCAGGAAAGGAUUUUCGAGGCCAGUGCUACUUUUAUUUUUGACAUUAAACUGAAAUUCAUUUAAAACUUUCGUUUUGCAUAAAAAGGAAUUUCCUAACUUCGACGCGAAUUUGAUUUGUGAUACCAAGCGCUUGAUGUCAAUAGUGUAAUAAUUUGCUGUCAUUUCGGAAGUUAAACCGCUUGAAGAUUGAGAAGCGGCGACAGUUUCUUCCGCGCUUUUCCCUGCCGUGCCCCUGGGCCUCGAAGGGGAGGAGAAUGGAGGUGCAAAUGCAGAUGCAAGUGCAAGUUCAAGUUCAAAGCGUGAUGCGGUAUCCGCCGACCCCCAGGCCAGUGCCGGGGUCCCGCGGCAGCGGUGGCGUUGGCGGCGGGGCGGGUCCCGUGCGCUUUCGGCGAAGCGGUCGCCGUCGGCCCAGUGUCGUCGCAGCGACGAUUCCCUUGGAAGACGCGGCUGAGCUGCGGGGCACCCCGGGGUCCGUGCGCCGCUUCAGGCGCCAGCGCAGGCGCCGCAAGCGCGUCACUUUCCUUAGAAAUGCUCUGGCUGUAGGUGAUUCGGAUAUAGUGAACCGAAGUCGCUGGUCUCGAUCAGCAUACGACAGAUUUGAAAGCAUUAACAAUAGUUUUGCUAUGAUAGGUUGUCUUGAUGAGAUCCCUGGACAACCAUCGCGUGAUGAAGUGACUAACAUGUCUUUAGUGGAGAAUGAAUCUCCCAUUCACCAAAUCAAAAUUCCAGAAAAAAAAGCAGUUAUAUAUCAAUAUACUAGGGAGGAACUAAUGGUUAUAAAAUCUCGACCUUUAUCUAAAAUCCGACCUGGGUGUUUGGAUCCAGCUUUUAACGAUUCUCGAGGUGUUUGGGACCCUGAACGAUGGCAUCUGGAUUGCAAAAGAUCUGAGACUCCCCCUGAUGAUGAGAGAGGUGGUAGAGGGGAUGCAUCUUCAGAGUCUCAUAAGCGUCGCUCUGGUGAUCCAAGAGAGAGAUUACGAAAGGAACAAGAAGGCAUAGUGUUGAGUCCUCAACGUCGUAGUUUUAAUUCAGGUUGUUGCGUUACUCAGCAAGUAGGAAAGAGGCCAGAAAGUCCAUUAGGCAAAAAUGAAAGGGAUUUGGUGCACAGAGAUAUGCCGGCUAGGAGAAUUGGAAGCGGACGUAUUCCACCUCGUGAUAUGUGGGACUUUAGGGAAUCUGAUCCAUCCACAGAUUUUAUUUUCAGACCACCUGCAAAUAGAGAGCGAGAAGAGAGGCGAUCCUUUGGUAGAGAAUUUGAAAGGGAAAGAGAGAGGGAUAGGACAAAGGAUCGUCAUCGAAAUAAUCGUGAAGAUCGUUCAAAUUACAAUGAUCGCAGACGUGCCCAUAGUGAUAGCCAUGAAGAAGAACCAGAAUGGUUUUCAGGUGGUCCAACUUCUCAACAUGAUACAAUUGAGUUGAGGGGGUUUGAGGAUAUUCCAGAAGAACAAGGAGGAACUCGGGAAAGCAGAAAACAAUCAGGAAGAUCAAAGAAUAAUAGAUCUGGGUCUGGAAAUAAAAAGACUGCAGAUACAUCCUCGAUUUCAUCAUCUGCUAUAAGCAGUAAUACUUCUGGGUCUACUCAAAGUGGGCCAGGAGGAAGAAGCACUCCUACAUUAGGAACGGUUGCUGUUCCUUUAGCAACACUUCCAUCCCCUAUUACUGUGGAAGAUGGGAAAUCUUUUAAAGAUUCACUGUCAACAAAGUCUCCUAACACAACCACGGAAAGUAGUCUUGCAUGGCAAGAAAAGAAAGAAGACCGAAAGGAUCAAUCUGAUUUUAAUCUGGAUGAUUUUCUGAAAGGGGAUGCAAUUCCAGGCUUGCUUACAAAUGGUGCCACAGCAGAAGGACCUGCUGGUUCAAGAUUCAGCCAGUGGUUUAGACGAGAAAGCCCGGUCAAUAAACUGACAGAUAGUCGAAGAUCAUCUGUGCAUGAAGAAUUGCUAUCAAAUAUGCUAGGAGAUAUAGUAAUUCCUCAGAGUGAGUCGAAUAUAUAUUUUGCUCCCAUUUCACCAGCUGCCAACACUGCCACUGUUAGCUCUUCUGGUGGUGGUGGUGGUCGUAGUAGUGGGCUUGGUGGUGGUUCUGAGACAGUCUCAGAAACAGUAGCCGAUAGCAUGAGAAGUAGCAAUGUUGGAAAACCUAUUCAUCUACUAGAUUUGUUGCAACGAGGUGGUCAAGGUGAUAAUGGCCUACCUGUAAUUAAGGGACAUAGUAUUAGAGAUUUGGAAGCAACAGGCAAAUUACACAGUGUGGAAGAAUUGGAGGCAAAAAUGAGGCAAGGCAUAUCUUCAAACAAAACAUCCAACAAAAAAAGUGAUGAAGAUCUUUCAGCUUUUAAUAAAUUGCUUGCCCAAGUUAGUGAUGGAAAAGCUAUACCUGCUACUGUUGCAAAUGGUCCCAUUCCCAGCAAACCACAACCAAUGAACUUCUUGCAGAUGUUGAGUAAAUCUCAGCAAGAAGCAAACCUACAAUCUAUGGCAAGACCUGUAACCGCAGUGAGACCUGCUGAUGUGGGCAUAUCCUCUGUUAAUCCUUUGAGUGGUUUUGGUGCUCUUGGUCAACAAAAUGUUGUGAAUAAUGCUGUUCCUCCCGGUCUUGCCCAGACCCAAUCCCAGCAGAUGCAAAUUCCUCAAGAUUUGGUUUUAAAAUUGUUGCAAGUCCAACAGCAACAGCAGCAGCAGCAGCAGCAACAACAGCAACAACAGCAACAGCAGCAACAAAAGCAGCAACAGCAAAGGCAACAGCAACAUCACCACCACCACCAUCACAAUCACCACCAACAGCAACAGCAACAGCAUCAACAAGAAUUGUUGUCGAAAUUGUUUGCUGCUGGUCAGCAUUCAAUGCAGGGAACUCGCCUGGGCCCAAUGGGCCCACAAUUUUCCAUACCACCUCCUCCAUCUCUUUCUCCCUUACCACCAGAACUUCAAGUGAUGGUGGCUAAUGCUCAACCUAGCAGGGAGUUAUUACAGAGACCUGAAGCAAAAGCCAUCUUGCAAGGACUAAGGUAUGGAGAAAUUACCCCUCAGCAUCUUGUGCAGCAAUUGCAGAACCCAGCAAUGCAGCACAGACAUCGUGAAGUUCUUGUUAGCAUCUUGAAAAUGCAAAUGCAGCAAGGUACAUCUCCGCGUACGGUUUCUCCACAUCCACAUCCUCCACAGCCUGAUCUUCUCCACCAGAUUAUGCUGCAGCAGCAGCAGCAACAGCACCAGCAACAGCAGCUGCGCAUCCCAUCUCCUCUUAAUAGUGCAUAUUGUCAGCCGCCUCCUGUAAUUUCUCCAAAUUUGACUACAAAUCCAAAUACAUUAACUGUGCAACAUCCAGUUUUGCCUCGGGUGCCAUCUCCACGAGAACUCAUUGCACACACUCAAAAUAUCAUGCAGUCAGCACUCAUAAAAAAGAAGUUGGAAGAGCAGCGGGAGAAUUAUAGAAAAAGACAAGAAAUGCAACAGUCUCUGUCACCUAGUAUGCCUGGAGGUGGAGCAGGUACUGGAGGUGGAGUAAAAGUGGAUUCCUCUUCGCCAGCUAAACAUUUGUCAUCUCCUACUCCACUUGCCUUCACUCCAACAUCUGUUCUUCGGAAAAUGACUGCUGAGAAAGAAUCAGAAGCCACAAAUAUGAAUAUUGGAAUUCGCAAUGAGGCAAAAAAUUCAGGAGGUCGUGCAAUUGUUAAAGGCAAUACUUACCAGUAUGGCUCUAACAUGGAAUAUCAACAACAACAUCAAACAGCUCAGCAUCAGCAAUCACAGUCACAAUCACAACUGCAACAGCAGCAGUCACAACAAUCGCAACAGCAGCAACGCCAUAAUUCUGUAAUUGGGAGCAGUGGCAGCAACAAUGGAAAUUUUUCAAAUAUGCCUCGUUCAAAAAUGUCUGUGUCUACACCUCAGACUAAUUUAACUGCUGUACCUCCACAAUUUAACUCUCUGAUGAUGAUGCACAGACCUACCAACCAAUCCUCAAGUGGCCGUGCCCAGACUUUGCAGGCUCAUUUUGCUUCCUUACAACAGCAACAGCAACAGCAGCAGAGGCAUCAGAACAAUUUGGGCCCUUCAUUACAGCAACUUCUUAUGAAUCAGAACUUUGGUGCUAGUCACAGUUCUGGAAAAAACGAUUCACGAAUGCAGAGGGGAUCACAAUCUAUGCCUGUACGCCAAGGGCAGAAUGCUUCUCUGGGAAGCAGCUCUACAGCAGAUCUCUCCACAUCACCUACUACAAAUCAGUUAGCCCGUUGGUUUACUCGUGCUGGCCAGCUACCAGAUAUGCCUUCUAUUCCUUCAACUCAAAAAAUCCUUAGUCUGGAGGAAUUGGAGAGGCAUCAGCAGAGUUCUGCUGCCGUCCACAACUAAACAGAACCAUAGCAAGAACAUUUUCAUCACCAUUGUCACUGCUACAUUGUCACGUUUUUAGGUGGUUUGAAGUACUAGUUGCAAAAUAACAAAAUUGAUGUGACACAUGCAGGAAAAAUCUGGAGGACUGAGAAAGUUCAUAGUAAAACUUUCUGAAGUUCAAAUAAUUUUGUAAACUAUUUAAAAUAAUGUAAAGAUGGAGAUAGUAAGUGGAGUUUUCUGUUGGUAUUGGUGGUCAUUGCCAAAUUUCUAGUCUACUUGAGUUUAAAGGAUCAGUUGAAUCCAAGAGCACAUUGCUUUCUCCUCCUCCUAGUAUUGUACUGAAGAUUGUUCAGAUACUAUCUGCAAUGAAAAGAUCAUUGUUUUUGUUUUGUUUUUUUUAUUUUUGGUUAUUUUUGUACUUUGAUAUAAUUUUUAGUGGAAAAAUAAAUUUAUUUUGUAGAGAUCUCAACUGCUAGAAGAAUUUUAAUAUUUGAUUUUUCUCUAAUAAUAAAAAGGAACAUUGAAAUUACUUGCAGGUUUAAAAUUCGUGUAACAUGUUUAGAUUUUCUUGCACAAAGCAUUAUUCUUUUAAGAAAUAAAUAAAAAAACGUAGUUGUAAAUUUUACAACUGAGUUUUUAUUCUUAUUGCAAGUAAAGUGCUCUUCCAUGUUGGAAAUUUGAAAUGCUGUUAAAAAAAAAAUAUAAACGUGGUUAUAUAUCAAUGUAUUUCAAAAGGAUAUUAAUGUUGAAUAAAUGUGAGUGCAUUGUAACAAUUCUUAACUAUUUCAAAUUUUCAUUAGUUUGAAUACACUGGUUAUAUCAUACACUUUGGUCAAAUUAGGAGUCUUGUUUCACAUAAAGUAUUGUUGGAAUGAGAUUGUGGGAAAGUUUUGAACGAAAUAGAAAAUCCGUACAUCAUAAGUUAGUGCUUUGACAGUGGUGAUGUGUAAUAGUGUGCAUCAUUACAUAUUUUUGUUGUGAUGUGAAACUUCUAUUUAAAGAUUAAAAUCCGUGAUUCAUGUAAGCGGAUGUACCUGGUUCAGAACCACAAUGGAAGAUAUUGCUUUUUGAAGCGUGAGGUAUAGUCCUCAUUGUGUUGGUGCAAAAAAGAUCAUGUGUGGAAGUGAAAUCGGUUUUCCUUCAUAGACUUAAUACAAUGUUGCUUCAGACUUUUGAUGUGUGUGGAUAAGCUAGUGAUAUUAACAAUCUUGCAGUUCCACUCCCAUUCACUGGAGUGGGAUCAUGUGUAAAAUUAAUGGGAAAGUUACACAAUGUGUAUGUGAAGUUUUUCUUUUUUUUUUUCCCUCUCAGAAUUGUUCUAUAUGUACAGCAUAUUAGAUGUAAAAUGUAGAUGCCAUAGGUUUGUAAUUAUUAGCUGUUGCUGUUUGGAAGGGAGCAAGUUGAUGAAUGUGAAACAUAAAAUAUUGAAACUUAAAAAUUGCGAGAACUGUGCUUGUGAUAUGUGGACAGUCACUGCCAUGUUUUCCACAUUUCAGCAUGUAUGGCUGUAGGGCAGGGUGUAUAGAAAAAUGUAAAUACAAGUGUAUUUUGGGAAAUAGUCUCCAAAUGCGAAUUGUAUAAAUUUGUAGGUGAAAUGAAUGGGACUUAACAUUCCACUUGGAUAUGAGUUUUUAAGAAAAGAUGGGAGUGUCUGAGUGAGUGAUUUUAGAAAGUGUAUUUGAGAGUAUUUAUUGAAGUUUAUUUUGUGUGGCAUUCAAGUAGAAUGUUUAAUGUUUUCACCCAGUAAACCAAGAGAAUUUAAGUCUCAAUGUACAUAGGGCUGUAAAUGGAAAAUACUUGGCUGAAAUUUGUUUCUCAGAGGAGUUUUGAACUGUAAGACUGUUUCUUCUGCAUACAGACAUUCACUCUAAAGAAUGUUAAGAAAAAUCUGUAUGCUCUUAAUUUUAAGGGGGGGGUGUAUAGUGGUGGUGUUCUAUACAAAGAUAGUGCAUUUUCUUUAAGGGAUUAUAAUGUAACUUUUAACACUUGUUUGAAAAAGAAUGAAUGGAAAUGGCAAGUGUCUUAAUAUGUACAGCAUUAAAUAAAAUUUAGAUGUGGGCAGAGUUGAGGUUACAGUGUAUAAUAUACAAAAUUUCCAGUUUUUAGCACAAACACUUUGAAUAUAUAAGCUGAGCACAUAGGCUUAUUUAUCUGAAAAGUUCUAGUGUAGUCCCCCUUCUGCAACCAAGCAUUGAAAAGAGUUUUCAGUUGAACUGACUUUGUGGCUUUCCACACACUACAAAGCUAAAUUUUGUAAUUGUCAGGGGGGGAGUGUAAAUUAUUUCUUGUAGAACUUGUAAUGACAUUUAAAUUGAGACCGUUCAAAGCAUGGAAAUAUACAUAAAUAGUAUGUUUUGGUUUCAUUGCAAGUUGCAAAUGGUAAAAUUCACAAGCCUUUAAAGCUUGAAUAUGUUUUCUGUGAAGGACUGGAUCUGAUAAGGGAAAUAAUUUUAAUUUUUGUUUUCAUUUGAAUGUACAUGGGCUUGACACAUUGCAUUGUAUACUUGAGAACUGAAAUUACAAAGAAUUACUUAACUUUUGUU